GGGGAGUUACAGUUGCAAUUUUGCAUUGUUUUGUAUUUUUCUUGUCGUUUUAAAUGUUUGACGUGUAUUCAUCAAGUUAGAGUUUAUUUAAUAAACGUAAACAAAAAAACAUUAGAGACAUUCUCAUUAUUUACCAGAUAUGGCUGAGACACAAACUAUAAAUUUUGAUGGAACUGAAGAGAACCACUUCUAUGAAAUCACAUCAGAUGAUGUAGAAAUAAUAAGUAGUUCAGGAAAACAUGAACUUGGCUGUUCUAAAGUUACUUUGAAAAAUACUGUAGACUUUAACUGGGAGCAUAAAUUGUAUUUGGGCCAUGUAGUAGCUGUUCAUAUGCUCGGAAAGCAUAUUGCUUAUGGAAUUAAAGCGAAAUCUGGUGGAAUGGUUCGUGUUAUAAGAGAUAAUUGCCCCAUAAGAGGUAUAAUAAAAGGAUAUGCAGGGCAACCUCAAGAUUUAGCUUUUGCUCACAUAGAAGAAGAAAUUAUUUUAGCUAGUGUUGAUGAGGAAGGAAAUUUGUUUGUUCAUAGUAUUGAAACUCCUGAUGUUAGUUGUGUGCUUAAGCUGCAUAUUCCAUAUAAAUCACCUUCGCCUAUGACACAUAGAGUUAUCUGGUGCCCAUAUAUCCCAGAACCUGAUUCUGCCGGUGAAGUAGAUGAGGAUACUGCUAAAUUACUUGUAGUAACACAUGGAUGUGAUGCUGUUGUGAUAUCAGUAAAUACUGUGAUUGAGACUUAUGGCCCCGAUCCAUUAGCAAAGGGCCAUGACAUUAUAGAAGGAAUUUUAGAGUUGCUCGAUGAGCAUACUAAACCAAUAACGGAUGCAAUGUUUGCACCGGAUGGAACUCUAAUAGCCACAACAUCUGGUUCUGGUGAAGUCAAGUUUUUUCAAGUAUAUAUGCAUGUGGAAAAAACCACCAAUACACGUUGUCUUCACCAGUGGAAACCACAUGACGGAAAACCUGUUUCAUCCAUUUUCUUCUUAGAUAAUCAUCAGAAUCAUAAUCCUACGGUUGAAUAUUGGAAGUUUGCUAUAACGGGAUGCAAUAAUAACUCAGAAUUGAAAUUAUGGUCAUGCCAAUCAUGGUCUUGCUUGCAAACCAUUAUAAUUAAACCGAAUCCUAACAUGAAGCACUUGAAUGGAAAUUUAACAUUAAAAGCUUGUCUUGACAAAUCUGCACAAUACUUGAUUUUAUCUGAUAUUUAUAACCGUAUAAUGUACAUUAUGCAAAUAAUUAAAACUGAAGAUGAAUCACAAGCAUUUAUAAAAAGUGUGUCUGAAUUUUUGUUACCGUGUAGUGUUCUUAGCUUCGAUGUAGUUGAAACAGGGUUGUUAAAGUACAAGUAUAUGAAUAACACUGAUGAUAUGUAUGAAUUAGAUGAUGAAGGAAUGGAUGAUGAUUUAAUCUCUGCAUCGCCAGUAAAUAAUUCCACGUUGGGUCAAUUUCAGUCAUACAAAGGAGUGUUUGUGAGACUGUAUGUCGUACAGCCCAAGAGUUUACAGGAAUGCAGAAUAAUUUAUCAUCCGCAGAUAAAUUACAGUACAACUAUAAACAUGAUGAAUACAGAUAAUUAUGCAUUCACUGAUAAUCUUGCAGAUAUAUCAUCGAUUUCUGUAAAUAAUCAUGAUGACCAAAAUAAUAAAACGAAUGAUGACAUCAGUAAGACAUUAUUGAAAGAUUUAGUAAAUAUUACUAAUGAUUUUAAUGAUUUGUCUGUCCAACAAUCAACACCUUUGCAAAAUGUUCAAUCACAAACCGUUCCUUCUCAUAUAAACUUGAUGACUCCUGAUGCUUUUAAUAAUUUAAAAAAAGAAGUACCAGCACAAAAUAUCAAUGUUGAUUCUGCAGAUGAAAAUAAAAUCAACAAUGAAAAUUCAUUAAAAGCAUUUGAUGGGUCUGUUCUGGAAGCGAGAGUUAGUUCCAGUCCAAAAAUGAAUCAAAAGCUGUUUGAUGAUCUAAUGUACCUUGGUGCAAAGAGGCUUGAAGAAGUUGAAGCACCUUUGGCAACGUCUGAAUCUUUUGAAAAAAAAGCUACUAGAGACAAUUUAGCCAGUGGUGGAUCUAGUCCUAGCCGAGAAGUGCAAGAAAUUUUAUCCUUGAAAGAUUCCAGAUCUGAUUUAUUAGAUUUUGAUCUGAUUGAUAAUGGAGAUAUCCAAGAAACUUCUAAUGAAGCUAUAAUACAAACGUUGAAAACUGUAGUUCCAGUUCCUGUGCCAACAAGUAACACAGAUAUUAGCAAAGAAGAUAAAGGAUGGCCGUGUCCACCAGUGGUUGAGCCAAUGCAGGUUUCAGAAUCUACUUGCAGUGGUGCUAGUAAUUCCAUCGGCAGUUCAAAUGUAUUUGCAACAUAUACAAGUACAAAAAAUCAAACAUUGGAUGAUAAUCAAAGCAUUUCCAGUUCCCUGGACAAAGUAUUAUCGAUUCUAUCACAACAAACAAAACAAAUACAAAAUUUGCAAUUGGAGAUACAAAAGAUACGAGAUAAAGAGUCUGUUUUACAUAACACUUGUACAGAGAAUAGUAAUAUUGGUAGAAACAUGGAAAUUAAUUUAGAAAAAGUUGUGGAGCAAGCAAUGAUGAAAGCCCAUAUGCAGCAGGCUUCUUCUCUAGAUUCUCUGAUUACAAAAAUGACAUCAUCAAUGAUUUCAGAUCUUCAUCGUACAGUCUCUGAAACUCUCAUGCAAAUUUUGAACCAGCAAAUGAUAGAUAAAUUUUCUACAAACUGCACAAUAGAAAUUCAGCGAAGCGUUGUACCAACUGUUGUUACAUCUUUAGAUAAAUUGAAACAAGCGAUGCAGCAUGAUAUGUCUAAGAAACUUACAGCAACUGAUCACUUUAAGGAAACUGUUGAAUUGCUCACAAACUCAUUACUUAUGGCAUCGCAAAGCGUUUUAAAUAAUACGUUGAGAGCUCAAAUGGAUACAUUUCUGAUACCAUCGUUUGAAAGGGCAACUAAUCAAAUGUUUAAACAAAUACAUGAGACAUUUUCACAAGGGACAAAAGAAUAUCUCAAUAACUUUGAGCUGGCUUUGGAAAAAAAUAGGCGUCAACUGGAUAAAUCAAAGGAUGUCAUCUAUCGUAUGGACCAAUUAUCAGAAAGCCUUAAAGCCCAUGCUGAGACUACAAACACCAUAAAUAAGUAUGUUCAUGAAUCUGUCUCCAAAACAAUGAAGAUCAUGCAGGACAAUUUAAUAAAGAACAUAAGUGAUCAUAUAAAUAUGGCCUUCUCCAAGCAAUCUGAGGAACUAGAA